AUGCUAGCCGAUUUCAAAAUUGAGCAUUCAAAAAAUGAAACACUGCUCGCGACCCGGACGCCACCGAGUUUCGGACCGUCCCGCGUUCCCGCCGCGACCUUAGCUCGGAGUCUCCUUGUCGGGUCGGCUCUCCUUCGCUGCCGGGUCCGCUUUGCAGAGCCAACCAAUCGCGUGCAAGGAUCAUUUGCUAGGCUGCAAUUCAACCAAUCCAAGUACUUGGUGCUAAAAUGUUCAGCGACAAUCAAAGAUGGCUGCGCGCAUGUAAUAUCGGCAGUGGCCGUCGAUCGUUUUUCCUCCUUGUCACCUAGCCCCUGUGGUGGCAGGCCGAGCACGAAGACCAUGCUGGGCCGGACACUCCGAGAAGUUUCUGCAGGUCUGAAGAAAGGCCAAAUUACUCCAACAGAGCUCUGUCAGAAAUGUCUCUCUCUGAUCAAGAAGACGAAGUUUCUUAAUGCUUACAUUACUGUAACAGAAGAGGUGGCCCUAAAGCAAGCUGAAGAAUCAGAGAAGAGAUAUGCAAAAGGUCAGUCACUUGGGGAUUUAGAUGGAAUUCCUGUUGCAGUAAAAGACAACUUCAGCACAUCUGGCAUUGAGACAACAUGUGCAUCAAACAUGCUGAAAGGUUAUGUACCACCUUAUAAUGCCACAGUAGUUCAGAAGUUGUUGGAUCAAGGAGCUCUACUUAUGGGAAAAACAAAUUUAGAUGAGUUUGCUAUGGGAUCUGGAAGUACAGAUGGUGUAUUUGGACCAGUUAAAAACCCUUGGAGUUAUUCAAAGCAAUAUAGAGAAAAGAGGAAGCAGCAGCCCCAUGGUGAAAAUGAAGAUUCAGAUUGGCUAAUAACUGGAGGAAGCUCCGGCGGUAGUGCAGCUGCUGUAUCAGCGUUCACAUGCUUUGUGGCUUUAGGAUCCGAUACAGGAGGAUCAACCAGAAAUCCAGCUGCCCACUGUGGGCUUGUCGGUUUAAAGCCAAGCUAUGGAUUAGUCUCCCGUCAUGGUCUCAUUCCCCUGGUGAAUUCAAUGGAUGUGCCAGGAAUCUUAACCAGAUGUGUGGAUGAUGCAGCAAUUGUGUUGGGUGUACUAGCUGGACAUGAUCCCAAAGAUUCUACCACAGUACAAGACCCUGUUAAACCAUUUAUGCUUCCUAGUUUGACAGAUAUGAGCAAACUAUGUAUAGGAAUUCCGAAGGUAACUCUUUCCAUUCCUUACUUUAUAGAAAUACUGUCAAAUCAAAUAUAGAGCAUAGACUUGGGAGGCAAACUGGUUGACUUUGAAUCCCUGCUCUGCCACUUUCAGCUAUCAGACCUUGAGCUUUCAAGUAAUGUUUAUCUCUUUGUUUGUUUGUUUUCAGGUCACAGAUGUAACAUUGAUGUGUCUACUGAAGCUAUGUAUGCUGCAACCAGGCGAGAAGGGUUCAAUGAUGUGGUGAGAGGAAGAAUUCUCUCAGGAAACUUCUUCUUAUUAAAAGAAAACUAUGAGAAUUAUUUCAUCAAAGCACAGAAAGUGAGACGACUCAUUGCUAAUGAUUUUGUGAAUGUUUUUAACUCUGGAGUUGACGUCUUGUUAACUCCCACAACUUUGAGUGAGGCAAUACCAUACUUGGAGUUCAUCGAAGAAGACAACAGAACCCGAAGUGCCCAGGAUGAUAUUUUUACACAAGCAGUAAAUAUGGCAGGAUUGCCAGCAGUAAGCAUUCCUGUGGCCCUGUCAAACCAAGGGUUGCCAGUAGGGCUACAGUUUAUUGGACGUGCAUUUUGUGAUCAGCAGCUUCUUACAGUUGCCAAAUGGUUUGAAAAACAAGUACAGUUUCCUGUUAUUCAACUUCAAGAACUAAUGGAUGACUGUUCAGCAGUCUUUGAAAGUGAAAAGUUAGCUUCUGUUUCUCUAAAACAGUAGUAAUAAAAACAAUGCAAAUUAAA